AUGUUCGGCCUCCUACCAGAUCUGACACCACGAGACUCACACUCGAUCUGGUACAUCUCCUCCCGCAACCCCGUAACUCAGGCCGCCCUCCUCGACGCCCACGACCAGCGCGACAACAGUCAUGGCGGCCCCUCCCAGCAACAGCAACAACACAACUCCUCCUCCCGCCGCGCGGGCCAGCUUCUGAUAGAACGAUCGGCGCUCGCGCGCCUCCGCGCCGACGAGCAGCAGAUGGACCGCCGCCGGCUGCACGUCCAGAAUUUCGGCAGCACGUGGCUGAAGCCCCCGGGCGUGCCUAAGAGCCUGCACCAGAUGCGCGAGGAGAGGCGUGAGCAGGAGGAGCACGCCGAGGCGAUGAGGCGGGAACAGCUCGCGCAGGAGCUUGCCGAGGCCGAGGCCGCGGGCCAGGACGGGCUCGGAGACGUUGCCGAGGGUGAGGAGGCGGGCGAGGGGACAGAGGAGGUGCGGGAUCUGGACGAUGAGAUUCCAGACGCCGAGGAGAGUUUCGGGUUCGAUGGUGGGGAGGAUAGUAUGGCGGACGAGCUGUCGAGCAGUGAGGGCGGCAUCCUUGACGACGAAGACGACGAGGACACCGCAGAUCAAGAAGAUGAGGAUGACGAAGAUGACAGCGGCACGGCCGUCGACGAGGACGAGAGACGUGAUGGGCUUGUGGCUGCGAGAAUGCGCAUGGCAGACGACGCCUUCAGACAGGCCAUGGCGAGGGGCGACGUCGACGGAGACGACAUGUACGGCGCGGAAGAGGAGCUCGAAGCCUCGGGCCAAGGCCACAUGCUCGACGAGGAGGACCUCCUCGCCCCCGGUGAAGGCGGCGGCGACGACCUGGGCAUGGACAUGGACGCCGACCUCGACGACGAGAUCCCCGAGGCUGGGGAGCUGAGCGGCGUGUACGAGCACACGGAUUCCGAGGCCGGGCUGAGCAUGAUGAGCAGCAGCGACGCGCCCGGGGCGAGCUCUGACGAGGAGGAGGAGGAGGACGACGACGACGAUGGGGGUGACAUCAGUUUCGCGCCGCGGGCCGCGCCCUUGAGGCCGCCGCCGAGUCCGACGGGCGAUCGCGGGCGGGGUCCGAGGAGCAGCAUGGACCUGAGCGGGCUGCUCUCUGCGGACGGGAGCAGUAUGAUGGACAGCAGUCCGAAUUUCAGGGCGCAGAGGCGUUGA